AUGAUCUCAGGAGGACCUACAGGAGGAGAUACCCACCGAGCUAGACGACGCUACCUCGGCAAUCUCAAGAAUGACCAUGAAGUUCGCCAGAUCUCUGCAAUGAAGUGUCGCCAAUAUCCCACCAUCUCGUUCGGACCUGAAGACGAAGCAAACCUCGAUGAUUUUCAUUGUGAUCCCCUCCUCAUCACGAUCAAUGUAGGUGGAUACGACGUGGCCCGUGCCUUUGUCGAUUCAGGAAGUUCUGUUGACGUCAUAUCUUAUGAAUGUUUCCAGCAAAUGGAACUCGAUCUCCCAAUCUUCCCCGUCACAACCCCGAUAUUCGGAUUCACGGGAGGGUCCCUGACACCAAUCGGACAAGUUAAAAUCCCCGUCACCUUAGGGAUACCCCCUCGAACACGUACACAAACUGUUAAUUUUGUAAUUGUCGAAGGGUCCUCUACCUCGUACAACAUCGUGGUAGGUCGGCCAAUGAUGCACAUCUUCCGGACGAUCCCUUCGACCAUACACCAAAAGCUUAAGUUCCCGGUUGAUGGGGUAAUAGGAGAGGUUAGGGGUGACCAAGCUCAGUCAAGAUCUUGUUACGUCGAGAUGGUUAAAAUGGCGGAGAAAGGACGACGUGACACUUUCACUAAAGAAGACCUAGGGGAUUAG